AAUUUCCUUUCGUUGUCUAUACCUUCUUUCGUCUUUCGUAGCAGAUAUCAGAUAUCAAUUUUAUUUUGUAUUUUGCAGUUCAGCUAAAUCGAAAAAAUGAUACGCUUCAUUCUGAUCCAAAACAGAGCAGGCAAAACUCGUCUAGCCAAGUGGUACAUGAAUUUUGAUGACGAUGAAAAGCAAAAACUCAUUGAGGAAGUGCACGCAGUGGUGACUGUGAGGGAUGCUAAACACACAAAUUUCGUAGAGUUUCGUAAUUUUAAAAUCGUGUACCGCCGAUAUGCGGGUCUCUACUUUUGCAUAUGUGUCGAUGUGAACGACAACAACCUGUGCUACUUGGAAGCUAUUCACAAUUUUGUCGAAGUACUCAAUGAAUAUUUCCACAAUGUGUGCGAACUGGACUUAGUGUUUAAUUUCUACAAAGUAUAUACGGUGGUCGAUGAAAUGUUCCUCGCCGGCGAGAUACGAGAAACUUCCCAAACCAAAGUUCUUAAACAACUCUUGACACUGAAUUCUCUGGAGUAAGGGAAGGGAUCCAUCACAAUUCUUGUAGUGUAGUUAUCAUUCCAUUAUGGGUUUUCGUAUUAUGUGUUCUGGAUUUUGCACGGAAAUCUCGCAAUUUAACCCAUAUGCAUAUAAAAAUAUUUUCCUUGAGAAUUUUGCUAAAGACAAAAGCCAUUUUCGAAUCUUUGUUUUAGUUUGUAAUUUUAUUCGCCCUGUAUUGUUCGGUUAUUUGUGAAAGUAUAACUUACCAAAAGUUUUCGCUAUAUUAAGAUGUGUAGUAGAAUGGAUACACACGCAAAGAGAUUUAAGCAUCGUUCAAAUAUUAUAAACUAUUGAUAUUGUUAAAUAAAUCAAAUAUGAAUGUAUAUGAUGAUGUAUUAUAAAUAAAUGAUAAUGCAUUCUCCAAUA